AUGUCUGUUUUCGUUUCGUUGACCACAACAGCCUUGUUUGUGCUGUUGCCGCUUAUCAGCGCCUACCCACUGCCACCACCACAAGCACGACAGGCAGGCGGCUUUCAGCUGGACACUGCUUAUCAGCAGUAUGAUUCGGCAGUGAAUGUACAGCCGAUGCUGCCGGUGGCGGCACCAGCACCUGUGCCAGCUGGUCGGGCCGCCAUCGGCCGACAGCCACAGUUUCGCCACCGAAACGAUGACUACUACGACGACCCGAGCGGCAGCAGCUCUUCUAUGUUCGUCCUAGGCAUGCUGGCCAUUGUCAUCGGCGUCCCCUGCUUUCUCUGCUACUCUCGCAAACAUAACGUCGUUCCCUGCUGUGGUGACGAUCUGCUGACCACUGUCGGCAACGAUCACCAGCAGGCAGCUCCCUCUCGAAAGAGCCGACGCAAAAGACGCUCCAAAAGUCGCCGCCACCGUCGGGCGAAAAAAGCGAAAAAGGAAGAGGAGGAGGAGGAGAAGGAAGAUGAUUCGCUCAGUGAUGAGAAUGACUCGCUGGACGACGGCUUCGAUGAGGAGAAAGAAGAGGAUGAGUCCAGUGAUUCAGACAGUCCGCUGGGCACUGGCCACACUGGUACUGGGCACAGGAAGAAGAAGAAAGGUGGUGGUGGUGGCCGCAAGAAGGAUCAUUACGGCCGCCAUCGCCGACACCGCCAUCGCCGCUCAAGCAGUGCCGAUCAGAAGAAGACGAAGAAGAAGCGGGCGAGAAAAGACCGAGAACGUCAACAACAACAAGAGCGAAUGCUGCUCAAAUCGCCGCUCACUGAUGCGCAGCCUGAUUUGAGCAGUGGUGGCGGCGGUGGCAGCUCUUCACUGGUGAACACGUCUUUAGCUGAGACAACGACGGCGACUGCGACCACUCCCACAACUCCUCAGCAGCAGCAGCAGCCACUGCCAACUGCUGCAGCUGGAAAGGAAGAGUACGCGUACAUCGUCUACCGCCCAGACGCCAACUACGUGGCCGUCGCUCGAUCGCUGAAGGACCUCGUCCCACCUAACACCACCGUCGUUUACAAGGUGGACGAGACGUCGAACAUGCGCGACGUGGGCACCCUCCUCAAGACCGCCAAGAGGCGCAUCAAAGUUGUUGGCGGUGGUGGUGGUGGUGGUGGUGGUGGUGGCUCUCGGCCGCCGGCCAAUACCACUGAGCAGUCUCCACCUGAGGCUGCUGGCUCUGGCAAAAGUCCCACCAGUUUGUACCUGCCGAAAAGUCUUCGCAGCGGCCGCCAGACCCACCGCUCUAUUCGCUCCGACUACUUUGUCGUCAACAGUGACGCGUUGCUGAAGAGCAGCCUGGAGCAGCAGCAGCAACAACAACAGCAGGAAGAGAGGGAGAAGGAGCGAGAGGAAGAGGUGGUGGGCGGCAUCGAGGACACUGCAAAGACGGCUGAGAAGGUGCCCGAAAACCAGCAACAGCAGUUGAGGGGAAUGGGCAGCAAAUCGCCGGUCAAGAUGAACCACACAAUGUAUGUGUACUCCACCAAAACGCAGCUCGCCAAGUGGUCCGGAUUGUUGGAGCAGCCAGCUCAGCAGCAGCAACAGCAACCACCACCACCAUCACCUCAAGGCAUCCUGGCGAAGACACUGGAAAGUCUGCCCUUUGGUAUUGGAGAAGUGCUGAAGCAACAGCAAAGUCAGCCGAAUGUUCCAGCUGUGUCAUCUUCUCUCCCUUCUCCUUCUCUUCAACAGCAUCAACAGCAACUCUCAGUUGAGGGUGAUUCGGAUGAUUUUGAGGGCGAGGAAGGGGAGGCGGAGGGCAUGGCCAGAGAGGAUGAGGAUGACAGCAGCGAUGAUGAGGACAUGGAGGCGUCGGCGGCGGCAGCAAAGAAGCGUCGCAAAAAGAUGCGACCUGUGAAGCUCGAAACUGAAAAACUGGUCACAUUGCCAAUGAACUUGAGCGAUGCCAAACAGCCAGUUUCAACCGCAAAUCCUGUGAAGCUCAACACCAAAAAACUGGUCACAUCGCCAAUGAGUUUGAGCAAUGAAACCAGCCCAAAAUCUGUCACAACAGUGAAAAAGAUUGAGAAAGUUAAACAGCCAAAAAAUAAAACUCGCAAUAGUGGUGAUGUGUUUUUUCGAGCUAAACUCGGCGAUGAGAAUGAUUCAAAGAGCACUACCACCACCACCACUACUGGAAAGAGUACCGAGAAGAGCUCAACCGCAACUGGAAAAAGCACCGAGAAGAGCUCAACCACUACUGGAAAUAGUAGCGAGAAAAACUCCAGCUCUAGCACCCAUCAUGCAACUCAUCGCAGCAUCGUCACACCGCUGAUCAUUCUGCUGGCUGUGGGCGGCGGCACCAUUGCCCUGCUCCUCUGCUACAUCUACGUCCUCGACGGACCUCGCGUCGGCAAAGAGGCGCCCAAGUCAAAGAAGAAGGGCGAAAAGUCGACCCGAAAGAGCAAGAAGACCUCAAAGAAGGAUGGCAUUCAGAAGCCACAGAAGUCCACUGUCUCCAGCUCGGUGGCCAAGUCGAAGGCCAACUCCUCAAAGGUGGGCAGCUCAGCUAGCAAGCAGUCGUCCACUGGAGGCGGCAGCAGCAGCAACAAAAAGAAGUAG